AUCAUCUUUUUGUCUUCUCCGGCGAGACUAAAUGGACUCUCCGGUAUCAAAAACCGAUGCAUCAAAAGAGAAAUUCGUGGCUUCACGACCAUCAACGGCUGAUUCAAAGACGAUAAGAGGUUGUGGACUCGCUAAUCUGACAUGGGUUGGUGUAGAUAAAGUAGAGCUUCGUCAGAGGUUGAUGAUGCCUGAGUAUCUUCGUCUCGCUAUGCGUGACUGUAUCAAACGCAAAGAUUCCUCGGCGAUUCCUGAUCAUUUGCUUCUUCCUGGUGGUGCUGUUGCUGAUAUGGCUCCUCAUGCUCCAAUGGUUGUUUUCAUUAAUCCCAAUUCUGGUGGUCGUCAUGGUCCUGUGCUUAAAGAGAGGCUUCAACAGUUGAUGAGCGAAGAACAGGUGUUUGACCUUACGGAAGUGAAGCCUCAUGAGUUUGUUCGAUACGGGUUGGGGUGUUUGGAGAAAGUGGCAGCGGAAGGAGAUGAAUGUGCAAAAGAAUGCAGAGCAAGGUUGAGGAUUAUGGUUGCAGGUGGUGAUGGUACUGUUGGUUGGGUUCUUGGAUGUCUUGGAGAGCUUAAUAAAGAAGGAAAGUCACAUAUUCCUCCUGUUGGAGUUAUUCCUCUUGGUACAGGGAAUGAUCUCUCAAGGAGUUUUGGUUGGGGUGGUUCGUUCCCUUUUGCAUGGAGAUCCGCUGUUAAAAGAACACUCCAUCGCGCAAGUAUGGGUCCAGUUGCUAGACUUGACAGCUGGAAGAUUUUAGUGUCAAUGCCAUCUGGAGAAGUCGUGGAUCCUCCUUAUUCUUUAAAACCCGCCGAGGAAAACGAACUUGAUCAGGGCUUGGACGCGGGAAUAGACGCACCUCCACUGGCAAUGGCUUAUGAAGGUGUUUUCUACAAUUACUUAAGCAUAGGUAUGGAUGCUCAAGUUGCAUAUGGCUUCCACCAUCUUCGCAACACUAAACCAUAUCUUGCUCAAGGCCCUAUUUCAAAUAAGAUUAUAUAUUCAGGAUUUGGUUGCACUCAGGGUUGGUUUUGCACGCCUUGUGUCAACGAUCCAGGUUUAAGGGGACUUAGAAACAUUAUGAAAAUCCACAUCAAAAAGGUCAAUUGCUCUCAAUGGGAGGAGAUCGCAGUCCCGAAAAAUGUGAGAUCAAUUGUCGCAUUGAAUCUUCACAGCUAUGGAAGUGGAAGCCAUCCGUGGGGUAAUCUUAAACCGGACUAUCUAGAGAAGAGAGGAUUUGUGGAAGCACAUUGUGAUGAUGGUUUGAUAGAGAUUUUCGGUUUUAAGCAAGGAUGGCACGCGUCAUUUGUCAUGGCUGAGCUCAUUUCUGCCAAACACAUAGCUCAGGCUGCUGCGGUAAGAUUUGAGCUAAGAGGAGGUGACUGGAGAGACGCGUUCUUGCAAAUGGAUGGCGAGCCAUGGAAGCAACCAAUGAGCACCGAUUACUCAACAUUUGUGGAGAUCAAGAAGGUUCCUUUUCAGUCUCUGAUGAUAAAUAAUGAAUGAUUGAGAUUCAAAGCUGGAUUCUUUGUACAAAGCUAAUUGUUUUGUAUUUGGAUUUGAUUCAGUUAGUCAUAGAUAUAGCCUAAGCUUUUUAGUCUUCUUUUAUUUUAAAUUUGAGAUUGUGACUUCUUAUAAUUUCUGCUUAUUGUUGGUUUUGUACAUUUUCAUGUUGUGAGGAAUGAAGUUUGUUUAUUAUU